GUUGUUGGUAGAAAUCAGCUGCUCAAUUUGGAGUGGCGUUGGAGCCACUACGAUUCAAGGUGGAGCCACUUUUCAUCCGAUUACUGUGGUCCCAUUUUACAUCACUUCAUCCGAUUCAAGGUGGUGCCACAUCAAUUUAUCAACGGCCAUGAUUCACGGUUUUUUCCCAGCGCUACUCCAAAUGGAGUAGUUGAUUUUGAGCGUGGAGAAACCAAAAAAAUCACCGGAAGCAAGAGCAAAUAAGCGAGAGAUAAGAGAAGAGGGUUUGGCAUUUCUUCUCGUCAUUGAAUUCAGGUMACUGUUGACCUGAAAAAAAUGAUGUAAUGUAUGGGGAUUAAGAAAGAGAAGAGAAGUUCUUCCUCAACAUCGCCCUGUGCUAAACUCAGAGCUGCAUACCACGAUUGCUUCAACAGGUGGUACUCGGAGAAAUUCUUGAAGGGUCAGUGGGACAAAGAGGAAUGCGUCUCUGAGUGGCAGAAAUACAGAGCUUGCCUCUCUCAACAUUUGGAAGAUAAGCACCUGAGCCGCUUCUUGGUAGCCGAAUCUAUUUUCUUCCCUUGUGUUCAAGAUGAUUCGGGCCGUCCAACUGAUGAUACUACUCCAGGCUUUUCCUAGCAAAGGAUGCUCCAGCUGAAAAGGAAAAAGAGGGGGAAAGGGCAAACAAAAGGUGCUUGCGAUCAAGUCCGUUAUGUGCCUCAGUUUAUGGCUUUUGAUGAGUAGUCAAGAUUCAUGAUUCUGGAAUGGAAGUUGCUGCUAGAAGCAUCAUUAAGUGUCUUCACUGCCCUCAACAACUGCUGCUUCAUGUUAUGAUUCAUGAAUCAUGAAUUUUCAGCUCUGGCUUAUUUUGAUUAAGCUGUGGUUCUUUUGUGGAGUUUCAUCCAUAGAUGAAAGAUGAUCUGGCAUACUCAUCCUGACCGUUUCCAGGAAGUUCAUUGGGGAGAAAGAAGAAAAGAAAAAAGUGCAAGGAUACUCACCAAUUUUUGGUAGGUUUAUCUAAGCUAUGGUUGGGYUUUACUAUCAUUAUUUAUCAUUCACAUGGACUGUAUGUGCACUACUUCUGCCCUAUCAAGAGCUUGUUUAGUUUUCACUUCAAAGCCACACAUUUGAACUUUUGUUAUUGUUGUUGUUGUUGCCUUGCUAGAAUAAUAGAUGAUUUGAGAAACUAUUAAGUGGUCCUCAUUGAAUGGAAGUUCUAAUUUUUAACUUGAUUAUUUA